AUGCCUCCGAGCUCAGAGAAGCCGACGCCGCUUCAGGACAUGUUGGUUCUGGGAAAGGAAGAUCGACACUCCUCCUCUUCUAUGAUGUCUAAGUCCUCAUCCCUUGCAGAACCCUCAAAGACUCUGGGUGUUCUAGGUGGUCAGGGCUCUACGUCACCCUUCAGUCGCUGGGUACAGAACAGUAAAGGUCGUCCGGCCAAUGUGUCAGCAAUAGAACUGCCCUACCGCUCACCUGUCCCCUUUCCCAAACAGGAAUUCUGGGAGAUGUUGGGUAGUGACCUCCUCAAGCCUGACACUACCUCUGAUGCUGAUGCCUUAGGGGGCUCUCGUGUCAAGCGACGACCGGUCGUGAAGACUGGAAAAUUUAAAAAGAUGUUCGGCUGGGGUGACUUCUACUCCAACAUCAAGACCGUGCGCCUUAACCUGCUCAUAACUGGCAAGAUUGUGGAUCACGGAAACGGGACAUUCAGCGUCUACUUCCGCCACAACUCUACAGGCCAGGGCAACAUCUCGGUCAGCCUGGUGCCCCCUGUAAAGGCAGUGGAGUUUGACCUGGAGCGCCAGAGUGUAGUGUACCCAAAGGAAUCCAAGAUCUUCAACUGCCGAGUGGACUAUGAGAAGGUGGACCGCAGCAAGCGCACCUCGCUGUGCAACUAUGACCCAUCCAAGACCUGUUUCCAGGAGCAGACCCAGAGCCAUGUAUCCUGGAUCUGUUCCAAGCCCUUCAAGGUCAUCUGCAUCUACAUCUCCUUCUACAGCACAGACUACAGGUUGGUGCAGAAGGUUUGUCCAGACUACAACUAUCACAACGAGAUGCCAUACCUGCCGUCUGGAUAGACGGGGGAAUGGAAAAGAGGGCAGUAAGACAGAAGUGAGUUCUGAGAAGACAUGAGGAGUGUAAAGAAGACAGCAUGGUAAAAUAGUGUGGUUAAGACUGUGGAUGCGGGGCAUGUGUAUAUCAGAAGGAACUGCAUAAUUUGCUGUCAUUGUAGGGAAUCGUAGAGA